GCAGUUGACCGGCGUUGCCUGGUGAAACGUUGUCGUGAUGCCUCGUGUAAGGAGGAGAAAUGCGUGCCAUCACGUUUCCGACUUUGAUAAAGGUCUGAUUGUAGCUUGUCGCGGUUGCGGUUUAUCGUACGGUGACAUUGCUGCUCGCGCUGGUCGAGAUCCAAUGACUGUUACCUUAAUAUGGAGUCGGUGGGUUCAGGAGGGUAAUACGGAACGCCGUGCUGGAUCCCAACAGCCUCGUAUCACUAGCAGUCGAGAUGAUGGCUGUUACGGAUAGUGCAGCCACGUCUCGAUCCCUGAGUCAACACAUGGGGACGUUUGCAAGACAACAACCAUCUGCACGAACAGUUCAACAACGUGUAGGCUUUCACGGCCGGCGUCUUCAGUAAUUAAAACUUCCGGGCUAAGAGGCCAUGGUCCAAUAGUAGAAAUACUUCUACCUGACGUUUCGUUGCCAGCUGCGGGCAACACCAUCUGAGGUGAGUCUACGACUGGCCGCUAGGCCGUGAAGGUCCUGUUUAUAUAGAGCGCGUAGAGGGCGCCACCACUCGUCACGUGUUGUCAACAGUCUACAGAAAAGAUACGCAUACCGACCGUAAUCUUCAUAAGGAUUCGAACCAUCAUCCCAGGCAGAAGAGAGGUAUUAUCAAGACAUUGGUGGACAGGGCUAGUACAAUCUGUGAGCCAGCUUAUUUGCAAGAGGAACUAAACCACUUGCGAACCGCUUUCCAGAAAAAUGGGUACGCUGGCAAGGAGAUAGAUCGAGCACUCCAUCCCAGAAGAAAAAUGUCCGAAAACGUGCAACAACAACAACCAUCGGUGGGGAAAGUUUUUCUUCCAUUCAUCCACAAUAUUACGGACCGUAUCGGGAAAGUGCUGGUCAAGUUCAGAGUUGAAACCAGGGGGGCGAAACUCAUAUAGGGAUUUCCGGUAACACGACGUUGGUUUGGUCCCAGGCCACUCGGAGCGCUGCAAGUUUAGCAAUCUACAGUCUCGUGUUCCUAUUGGAUGACUUAGUCAUCCAUAAUUGUUUUGGUAUCGUAGCAACGUGAUUGUGAUUUUUCGUUUAAAUUGCAGUGUAAGUAUGUUGGUAUUAUUCUGCUUAAUUUUUGGGUGCAUUCGUAAUAUUUGAUGGUGUGAUGAUUCAGUAUUUACUUUUUUACUUUUGUUUCAUAUAGAACACGAGGUUGUAUCAUCACAUUACGUUCUGUGGACACUUGUAUAUUUGUUCCUAAAAAAGAAAAUUUCCGUUGCUCAGUUUACUUAAAUGACACAUGAGGAUGUAUCAUACAGGAAGAGAAGAAUCCAGUUUGAGAUUGAAAUACUCGUGCAAGUUUCACGGAUGCAGGAGUAGUUAUUAUGUAAAAACAAAUUCCAAACACAAGAAUAAACAUUUCUAUAAAUUUCCAGCUGCAUCAAAAUGUGAGACUUUAAAGAAGUGGAAAUUGAUCUGUAAUAUAGAUGAAGGUGUCAACUGUAGUUAUUAUUAUGUGUGUGAGGAUCAUUUUUAUGAAGCAGAUUUUGUGAACUUUACUAGACACAGGCUAAAUCCUGGUGUUAUUCCAAAGCACAUGGAAUUGGUGUUGUAUCACACUCCCCCCACCCAUCUGUGUUACACUGGUGGUGGUGGUGGUGGUGGCGGCGGCGGUUUCACCACAUCGGGUGCAAAUAUAAGUGUGCACGAGACAGGUCACAAUGCAAAAUCUACAGUAAUUCAACAAAGCAGUCCCCCUUUACAGAGCACAGAUGAUGGUGAGUACAGCUUUUUAUCCUCACCAGUUUAUGAUGUUGAAAGUAGUCCAGGUGUAAUGGGAUCUGGUGUUUCUAAAUGUGAUUUAACUCCAAGAAAACACAAAAUGUAUAAACUGCAUAGAAUUACAGUUCCCAGAGUGUGUAAAUUGAAAAAACAGCUACAGAAUGAGAGGAAUAAAUUGAAAAUUCUAAAUGAGUUGUAUGAUGACAGGAAAUUUCAGUUAAUUGAAGAAGAGUUGAAUGAUGUGACUAAAACUUUUAUUAAUAGUCAGUUAAGAAAUGCCAAUUUGCAGCCCACAGCAGUACAGUGGUCUAUACAAGACAAGGCAUUUGCUUUAUCUAUUUAUAAGCGCAGUCCCCAGUUGUACAGAUAUUUGGCCACAUACUUCUCCCUUCCAUCUGUCAGGCUCCUCAAGGGAGUGCUUUCCCACAUACCAUUUGAUGCAGGACUUAAUCCAGCUUUAUUAAACUUUUUAGCAAGGGAAGUAAGUAAUAUGCAUGAAAAUGACAAGUAUUGUGCUCUACUUUGUGAUGAAAUGUCUCUGGAUGAUGGUAUGUACUAUGAUGCACACAAACAGGUAAUCUAUGGGUAUCAUGACUUGGGUCAUUUAGGACGUUCACCUGUAGCUGCUAGUCAAGCAUUGGUUUUUAUGCUGAAAGGCAUUCGCAGAACUUGGGAACAAGUUCUAGCAUAUUACUUUACUGCAACCACUUUCCACUACACCCAUUUGGAAUCACUCAUUGUUCACAUCAUAAGUGAACUGCAAAAUAUUGGGUUCAAAGUGGUUUGUACUGUAUGUGACCAGAAUGCAACGAACCAAAAGGCCCUUAAACAACUGUGUGAAGCAAAUUUGUUGAAGCCCAGUAUAUUUCAUUUUGUCGUCAAUAAUCAACCAAUUGUUACCAUUUAUGAUGUACCACAUCUGCUCAAAACACUAGAAAUGCUUUGAUAGAUAAUAAAAUUCAAUUUGAACCUCACAAAGCAGCAAAGUUUGAGUACAUCAGUACAGCGUUCUUUUUGGAUAAAAAAAAAGGUUCAAAACUCUACCCAAAUUAAAAGCACAAUACUUUAACUUUUCUGAUUCCCAUGUCAAAAUGAAGGUAAAAGUUGCCGCUGCACAAAUGAGCCAUACUGUUGCAGCUGCAAUUGAAACAUAUGUUUCUACUCACACAUUACCAUCUGAAGCUAUACACACAGCUGAGUUUGUGGAAAAGGUAGAUAAUCUCUUUGAUUCACUCAACAGUAAUGAGCAAUAUCCCAGGGAUGGAAAACAAUUUAGGUGCGCUUUAUCAGAAAAUUCGCCACAUUUAGAAAUGUGGUAUAGCAUAUUGAGGGAAAUAGGCAGCUGGCAAAUAAUAGAUUUAAAAACGGGAAGAAACAAGACUUAUACGUUUAGCUUCAUAAAAGGUUGGCAGAUUACAUUACAGUCUAUCAUUUUCUUGUGGAAGCCCUUGAAAGUGGUUGUCUUUAAGUACUUAAAUUUAAAGGCGUUCAAUCAAGAUGCUUUAGAAAAUAUAUUUUGUUGUAUAAGACAACAUGGUAUUGCUAAUACAAACCCAACUUGUUUUCAGUUUGUACAAGCUCUGAAGACUUGUGUUGUCAAUCAUAUGACUUUGCCUUUCAAAGCCAUGAGUGUAAGCAACUGUGAAAAUGAUGAUUACACUCCCUUGAGCAGUUUGUGUCACUUUUUGGCAGCUAGUGGUAGGAGUGAACAAUUAAGUGAAUGUGAGAUGAAUGACACUGAUACACCUGAGCAAAUUUAUUCUAACUCAGAUGGUAUCAUCGAGUCUGUAGAAGAUCAACAAGCCUUAGCCUAUGUAGCAGGCUAUGUACUAAAAGCUAUAGAUGUACCAGAUGAUUGUGAAACAUGUAAUAACAGUCUCUACUCCUCUGUCAUGACUGAAAAUCAUUUGUUUACCUCAUUUAAAGAGAAUAAUGAGGAACAUUCUCAUUUGAAAUAUGCAAGUGAAAGAGUCAUGAUUUUCCUAAGGGCACUCCAUGAUCAGCUGUACGAGUAUCUAAAUAGUCAUGGUCAUACAACAAGACUACAUGAUAAUUUAAAAAAAAACAUUUGUUCUGUCUCAUACAACAAUUUGUAAUAAAUAUGACAUUGAAGAGACUUCUGAAGUAUUCCAUUUAUAAUAUACAAGUAUGUGAAAGAAAAGAAAUUUACAAACAAGAGGAAAUUGCGUAUUCAACAACUUAAAAAUAAGUUCAAAUCAUGUUAAAAGACUUUGUAUUUCAGUGUUUAUUAUGUGUACAAUCAUAGUAAGCUCCCUAUACAUAUACAAAUGUUGUGUUAAAAGCAGAGAAUUACAUGUUCUUGUACCAAAAUCAUGCCUUUGAUUUGUUAUGACAAACUCUGGUAAUUCAGCAGGAGCAUAACUUAACACUUUCUAGAUGUGAUGAUGGGACUCUAAAAGUAUAAUGAAUAAAGUGCUGUCAAGGGGAAUUUGUGUUAAUUUUCAGUAGUGUACCAAACAACGUUUUCAAAGAGGAAGUAAAUAAAUAAAAAUGUUAAAAAUAAA